AUGCUCCGUGAGCAUUCUGCAGACUUGCAGAUCUCACUGUCUGUGAGAGAUGCAGGUGCAGACAGGCCAACAAUCACGGGGUCGUACGACAAGUACUACAGAGGCCGCAUCCAGGGUACCUCCUUGCAGCCGUUCUGUGCUAUGAGGAUCAACUCAGUGGUGGGUGUGAUGGCUCUCGUGUCUGGGGCCCUGCAGCCGAUGGCAGUGGGUUCUCCACCCCUGGGUGGCACAGCUGUGGAGGUUUCUAAGAGCAAGGUCAAUGAGGCCACCAAAGUGGUGACUGACGUAGGUUUCUGUCACUUUGAUGCAGCACAUGUAUAUCAAAAUGAGGAGGAGGUCAGCAAGGCCAUUCGAGAGAACAUUGCUGAUGGCACUGUGAAGAGAGAGGACAUAUUUUACACCACCAAGCUUUGGACUACUUUCCAUCACCUGGAAUUGUUCCAAUCAGCCCUGGAAAGAUCUCUGAAGGCCCUUCAGCUGGACUGCAUGGAUCUCUUCAUUAUCUGUUUGCCAAUCGCUAUGAAGAUUAUGCCCAAGGAUGCCAAUGGGGAGGUUAUUUUAGAGUUGGUGGACCUGUGUGACACGUGGGAGACCAUGGAGAAGAGUAAAGAUGCAGGUUUAACCAAGUCCAUAGGGGUAUCCAGUUUCAACCACAAGCAGCUGGAAAUGAUCCUGAACAAACCAGGGUUCAAAUACAAACCUGUCUGCAACCAGGUGACCCCUCUCCUGCUGCUGGCUGGUCCUGUGGAGAUGUGA